AUGGCCAUGAGUCCCUCUCCCCAACUCUCGCCCAUAAUGGGCGGUUCUCACCGGAUUGACCGUCAACAGUCAAAUUCCCCCCCUCAGCAACAACUAUCCAAGAGAGAUAAAAAGCGAACUCUUCUUGCAGAACGACUGGCAGAAAUCACACAACAAUUCUCGGCAAACCGAGAUGUACAUUACAGGGAGCAGCUGCAGGCGCUGCAAAUAGAUAUGAACUUGAUCAUGGAAGCCGACGGUCAUGGCAAAGAACCCCUACCGAAUACUCCCGCUGAAAUCGAUGAGUUGGUCCAAGAAAACAUAAGGAGGUCUAUGAUGAAGUCAAUUGGUCCUACAGCACCACCUAGAGCUGGUAAAGUCUUUGCAGACUUUGCGAAAGAAGUCAACGAUUCAAUGGAGGAUAGAGAUGCCGCCCUGGUUACCCACAGAAGAGACUUCGAAGUGAAAUUGAGUGAGCUCGAAGCAGCUCAUGCAUAUCGGAAAAAGCUUGCUGCCUCUGAGCAUAAAUCACUCGCAACUACUCUUCGCGAUCGGUUAAUCAAUAGCGUUGCCAAUAAAAAGAAUAGAUUAUCACGGGACAAAGAAUCCAUGGAGAUUGGCGAGAGCAAUGCGUUGCUUUUACACCCAAGCCAGUUUGGCAUUGCGAAUCCUGCGAGCCCUGGCGGAAUACACGGGAAGCGGGCGACGAGACAUCGUCGAGAAGCAGAAGAACUACCUACUUUCAGUGAAAACAACAAGAGGAAGCGCAAGGCGCUAGAAAGCGACGAAUCCCCAGCUCCAACAAGACAGAGAACAGACAAUGGCAAUAAUACUCCUAUAUGGUUCGCAGAGAAGAAUGCUCUGCAUGCUUCACAAAUCGACUCCUCCCUCUAUAGCAUUGACAAAUUAUUUACGGAGAAAGAAUUGGCAAUGGCAUACAACGUCGCAGCUCUAGCAGCACACUCACAUAUGCAGCGACAUCCUCCAUUCGACGACGUCGAGUCACCACCAAACGGCAAGUCAGACGAUACCCCCGAGAACGAAAAGAACCCCACCGUGAACGAACCCGAAAAUGACGAAGACGACUCCCCUCCCGGUGGAGCUAUGAUGGAAAGACAGUACUCUCACGCAACCCGCAGCACCCGCGGCCUAGGCGGAAACUACGUCUCAGGCCUCGGAAUCGACGCCUUCCACGACGUGAACUUCCCCGGAAACCUCCAAGCUCUCACCCGCCAAAUCCCAAAACUCCCACCCAUUCUCGCAAUCCAAAAAACCAUCGGCAAAGGCGAAGCCGCCAACCAGCCCGCGCCCCUCAACGCGGACGACGCAGCGGCCGAACUCGACAUGAUCCGUCGCGCGCGCUCGUACAACGAUAAAGAAGGCUACGGCAGCAAUCUUGAUCUCGAUAGCGUUGCUGGUGGACGCACUUUGCUGGAAGCCGUCGCGACGCCGAGGUUAUAUCAGUAUUAUGUGAAGAGUGAUGAUAAAACGCUUUAUGGCAUGCGGAAUAGCAGGGAGAGGGAGGAUGAGAUGGGCGGGGAGGGGAUGGAAAAGCAGAAUAGCCAGAUGAGUGAGGGGGGUGUGGCUAUGAGUCGUCAGGCCACGGGCGAGGGACAGAGUAGUAGGGGGAGGAGGAUUAAAUAUAAAGGUGAUUGA